CAUAAAAUACCUUGACCUGAAUUUGUUUUAUCAUCAUAGUUCGGGUCACCUGCCAAAGAUAUGUGUUCCGCCUGUUUGACACCUGUCUAUCCAAUGGAAAAAAUGGUGGCCAAUAAACUUAUCCUGCACAACAACUGUUUCUGCUGUAAACACUGUAAGAAGAAGCUCAGCAUCCACAACUAUUCAUCUCUUUAUGGAGAGUUCUACUGCAUUUCUCACUACCAACAGCUUUUUAAAAGAUCAGGAAAUUAUGAUGAGGGAUUUGGCCACAAGCAACAUAAGGACCGCUGGCUUCAGAAAAAGAAAGGCAUAAAUGAGCCAGAUGCUGCGCCCAAACUGACAAAAAGCAACAUAAACACGUCUAAUGGCUCCAGAGAGUCCUCUGCUGGUGUGCUUGUUAAAAAGUCAUCUGCAAGAGAGUUAGGACAUAACAGUGGUGCUGAUGUUAAGGGCAAACUAAAAAUGAGCUGGCCACCAGAGAAGAAGAGUCCUGGGGUUAAUCCAGCACAGCGAACAUAUGUGAAAAAUAAAAUAUCUGACAUUGGGAAGGCAUCUUCUACUUCAGAGCAUUACAAAAGUGACAACAACCAAUUAAAGAUCAACCGUGGUGGAGAAAUGAAAGAUAAAGUGAAGACGUUGUCAAGCUCCUUUGUUUUAGGGGUCAAGAAACAGUCUCAGACAACAGCUUAUAACUCAUCUGACAAGUUGUCCUCAGAGGAAACAAAACGCAGGAGUGAACCAACCAAAGACAACAUCUCCCCGACAGUGCUUAGCUUUUCUUUGCCCUCCUUAGAAAAAGGUCUUACUGUCACAGACCAGAAAACCGGAAAGAAAAAUGUGGCUCCCACCUCAAAAACAAACUACAAUCCAACAUCUAACAGGCUGGAUGCUUAUCCAAAUAAAGCUAGGAAGUAUGUGCGGUUUGCUCCACAUGUUGAUGUAGCUCAGUGUGAUCUGUCCUCUCAAGUGACCACAGAGGCCAAAGGUGAAGAGCAGAGUAUGCAGCUUUCAGACCAAACGGAACAGAGCAAAGUUAAUAAAUCCAAGGAUAUAAAAGAUGUCAGUGACAAAAAUAACUUUGAUCACUUGUCAUUUGAGUUAAGCAAAGAAGAACAGAGUGAAAGUGUGGUGAAUCUUGAAAUACCUGAAUAUAAAAGCCGUGGAGAAACAAGCAGUACGUCAAACCAAGAGCCUGAUGUUAAUAUGGAGAGCAGUCGAGAGGUCCCAGAGACUGAUAUCAAUGUUCUGAAUGGAGUCGUGGACAAAGUUGAGGAAUCACUUGAUACUCAGAGUUUCACUGAAACUUUUAAUUCAACUCAGGAUGUUGUGAAACACCAAGAGCCAUCUGAGAUAUGCCAAGUCAUUCCAAGAAACUCUGUCAACCGGUGUGAAUCAGAAAGACCAAGUACUCCACACAGUCCUGCAGGACAUAUGGCAGAAGAAGAGCCCAGUCUUGAGAGAAAUAAAAAUCAAUUUGAUAAGACAGCAGAUGACCAAGAAAGUGGCAUACCGGCAAGUCAGAAGAAGCCUGUUGCGAGGGCAAAUUCUUUGAAGGGUUCUGCAAAGCAGGCUGAGAAGGCAAAAGUUAAACUGGGAUCAUGGUCCAAAGGAAAAAGUCCUUUGUCAAAGCUCUUCACAUCAGGUGGAAAUGACAAAACAAACAAGGUUGAACCAAAAGAUGCCAAAAAGGCAGAUGUCAAACCUAGUGGUGGACUCUUAGGAAGACUGUUUCAGUCAUCCUCGGAGAAGGCUGAGGACAUCACAAAAUCAGCUCCGCAAGAUGAACAAAAUGACAAAACACAUGAUGAUGACAAAAAGACAGAGGAGGUAAAGGAGGCCGUUACAAAAGAGAUGCAAAAGGAGGGUGACAAGUCUCAAGUCCCACCUCAGGAACAAGAGGCUUUGGAGCUCAUAGAGGAGAAGUCCCAUUCUGCUGAGCCCAACACAAUGGAGAGUGACAACACAAGUGUGGCUGUAAGCAAACCCACAGAGCCGUCCAACCUGCUCAUGACAACUGAAACACAAGAUGACCUAACAGCUCCAGAACAAACUGAUGAUCAAGAAUUACAUUCACAAAGCAAUGGCCUGUCUGUAACUGAUCCUGAAAAAGCCGACUCUAAAGAUCUUCCCAUUACUGUGCAAUCAGUGAAUCAAGCAUCUGAGGAGUCGACCAAUCAUUUAAUAGCUGAGAAAAGCGGUGAAGAAGUUUUGAGGGCUCCAUUUAAUGAGGAUAUUUUUGGGGACAGUGUCAUUUCAGCCCCUGUUGACCCAUUGACCAUUCAGAGAAAUACUGAUGAAUCUGUUCAGCCAAAUGAGCUGCUUGAUGCAUCAGACGCAGGAGGAAGAGACGUAUGCAGCGGAGAGCUUCUUGAUCUCAACCGAGAUUCCUCUAAUCUUUUUGAUGCAGACAUUAUUGUGAACAGCCCCAGUGAUACAUUUUCAUCUUCUUUCAGUGAGACUGAAGCUGCUCUCACUGAUACUUUUAGCCUGCUUGACUCUCCACCAAUAUCGACUGAGAAUGACGUGAUGCUUGGCCUGACAGAUCAGCUUAUUGUCCCUGAUUCAGCACCCGUUAACCAAGAUGAGGAUCAAACCUCAAGUCCUUUCGGUGCAAACAGCCAGACAGGAGAGCAGGGUGCAGACCUCGACAUAUUCGGCUUAAACAACGUUCUGUUCACUCAGCCACCUACUGUUAAUGUGCCUCAUCAAGGAGGAGCAGACGCUUCCUCAAACCAACUGUCUGCCAUUCCUGAUGACAUCUUCGGAGAUAGUGAUGUGUUUAAAGUGCUGCCAUCCACCCCAGCUACUUCUAGCUCAUUGAAUGAUUUCCUUGGUUCAAAUACAUCUUCUACAGCCGCUCCUUCAGCUCAGGCAGAUUUUUUUGCUGAUGACAUAUUUGCAUCAGAACCACAGCUGCUGCCAGUGUCUGAGCCAAGUGAUGUAAAUGUAUUUGUGGAUAGUCUUUUAGUGUCUGACAACAACAGCACUGAGCAGUCAGCAGAAAACGCUGUCACAAAGAGUAGCUGGAUGGAUGAUUUGCUUGGGUAAAAGCAGGACUGUGUUUAAGUGAUUGAAUACAACAACUUGGAAUGUACAAUGAUAUCAUAUUAAGACGUUUUUUUAAAAGCACUUUUUAAGUGCAUGGAUAUGAUUACCACUUCACAUUUAUUGAGUUAAAAACACAACUAAUGUUGCUUUCUUUCACUAUUGCAUUUUAUUCAGAAAUCUGCAUCAAACACACUGUAACAUAAAUCUAAUUUCAAGUUUGUGUGGUAAAUCCAGUGUGUGUUACUGUUUACAUUAAAGAUGCAAAAUCAAUUUUAUGACAUGAUAUAAUUAGAUUUUCUUUCAUACGUUCACAUUAAGAGAGGCAAAGGAUGUUUGCUGAAUAACUGUAUAUUUUAAAGUGAGUUUUCAUGAAUAAAUAGUUAAUGAAAUUAAAGACUCAAGAGUAAUAACUAGGUGUAAUGUGACUAUGAAAUAUGAAAUUUUGACAAUACAACUGUAAAUAUUCUGAUAUGAAAAUGCUGAGUUCUGAAUGUAUUGUUUCAUUAUUAAUAAUGAUUAAUCGAUAAUAAAAUUACACCCUUGAGCACUGUGGUACUUUUGUUUGAUGACCCCUUUAAGUUGAACUAAAUGUGACUAUGACAUUGUAUUACAUAG